AUGAAUACCAUCUCUCAUCACAAGACCAAGACCAUCUCUCAUCUGGCAUCCAAAACUAUCACUGACCAAGCCACAAAGACAAUCUCUCAUGAAGCUACCAAAACCAUCACUGACCAAGCCAUGCCACCAAGACCAUCUCUCAGCAAGCUACGAAAACCAUCACUGACUAAGUCACCAAGACUAUCUCUCAUCAAGCUACGAAAACCAUCACUGACCAAGCUACCAAGACCAUCUCUCAUCAAGCUACGAAAACCAUCACUGACCAAGCCACCAAGACCAUCUCUCAUCAAACGACGAAAACCAUCACUGACCAAGCCACCAAGACAAUCUCUCAUCAAACGACGAAAACCAUCACUGACCAAGCCACCAAGACCAUCUCUCAUCAAGCCACCAAGACAUCAAUCUACCAUUGCAGAAUUUUUCAAAGCCAUGAAUGAGACAAGACAAGAGAAAAUUAAUUGA